UCAGCGCUCUGAUUCAGCUGCUCUCGCCGUUACACCACCACGUGUCCGUGUUAUUAUUCUUUAUUCUUUAUUCUUCUUUUGUAAGAUAUUAGAAUUAUCAGUCGUGUCACAAGAGCCGUGUCGCAAUUCGCUCCCUGGAUAGUGCACCUUAUUAAUACGUGUAAUGUGCUACACGUGUACACUACGAAUGUAUCUUGUACGAUUUCUUUUAGCUCGGAAUUGCAACGAUGGACGUCGAAUUGACUAAACUUCACGUAUAAAUGUCAGUUAACGAUGUUUACGUGGCGUGAUCGCUAACAGCUACUCGUCAGUGGUGUGUUUAAUGCAAAUCGCUUUUAAUCCGUUGGGACUUGUGUGGUCUGAGGUCGCCUGGUGAUUUUAUAAUUUGAAUUGUUUAUGUUUUUGUCGCAUUUCCUGCUUCCUCCCUCUCUGCUGCCCCCUACAUAGUGAAAGACUGAGUGAGGGAGAGCAAUUUUAGACACAGCAUGUGGUUCAUCUGAUGCAACACGAAAAAAUCCUACCCAGAAUGCUUUUACACGCUCUGAUCUGGGAUCAGAUAGAGCCGUUCAGUCCCGAAUCAAAUACAGAGGUAAAGCAAGCUGAUCCCAGACCAGUCUGACAGGCCAAGUGAUCCAAUUCCAGAUCAGUUUCAGAGACAGAGGGAUCUGCUUCUAGACUGGUCAGAAAAACAGCACAAUCUGAUCUCAGAUCAGUCUGUAAAACCUCAUGAUCCGAUCCGAGAUCAGUCCAAAAACGCUUCCUGAUCUUAAAUGAGUUUAAAAACCUUAAUGUUCUGAUCUCAGAUCAGCUUCCUGAUCCAAUCUCAGACCACUAAAAAAAAACCUUCAUUAUACAAUCCCAGAGCAGUCCAAAAAGCUUCCUGAUCCAAUCUAACAUCAAUCCAAAAAGCUUCAUGAUCCAAUCUAACAUCAAUCCAAAAAGCUUCAUGAUCCAAUCUAACAUCAAUCUAAAAAGCUUCUUGAUCCAAUCUAACAUCAAUCCAAAAAAAUCAUGAUUCUAUCAAAGAAUCCAAAAAUUUUUGUUAUCCGAUCAGCUUCCUGAUCCAAUCUCAGACCACUAAAAAAAAAAAACCUUCAUUAUACAAUCCCAGAGCAGUCCAAAAAGCUUCAUGAUCCAAUCUAACAUCAAUCCAAAAAGCUUCAUGAUCCAAUCUAACAUCAAUCCAAAAAGCUUCAUGAUCCAAUCUAACAUCAAUCCAAAAAGCUUCAUGAUCCAAUCUAACAUCAAUCCAAAAAGCUUCAUGAUCCAAUCUAACAUCAAUCCAAAAAACUUCAUGAUUCUAUCAAAGAAUCCAAAAAUUUUUGUUAUCCGAUCAAAGAUAAAUCUAAAACUCUUCAUGAGCCGAUCCCAGCUCAGUCCAACAAGCUUCGAGAUUCGAUCCAAGAUCAGUCCAAAAACUUUAUGAUCCCAGAUCAGUCCAAAAAGCUUCAUGACCCGAACCCAGAUCAAAGACAGAGCGAUUUUUAUCUGCCAGCUUUCUAAAAGCCACAUGAGUCCAAAAGAAUUCCGUCCCAAAUCAGUGUGAAAGGCUGCGAGAUCUGAUCCCAGAUCAGUCCAAAAGGGCCCACUUUGUGCUCAGGUGUAAGUUACCUGUUGUUGUUGCAUAACCACGCGAAACACAAUGAGUCCUUUUUCUUCUCUGUAGAAGAGCGUGUUUGUGAGCCGUACAGCUGUUGCAGAUUUAUGCUAAUUUGCGAACGGUCCUGGUAUUUAUCGUAGUUGAGCUCCAGAUCCGUUCCUAAAAGUCCUGCUGUAAGUGAUUCAUAAAACCUGGAGAUCUGUGCAGUGUCGCACUGAGCCGUUUCCUCAUUUUCAGGAUGGUUAAAGGAAAAAAAAAAAAAAAAAAAAAGACAAUUUCCCAAAUGGGUUUUUGCGCGCCUCUCCUCUAAGGGCCGAGUGUGCGAGUGCGUGGAGUUCUGGCAUUGUAGCCCCUCUCGAGAGUUUUGCAUUUGCAGAGGAAUUCUCUUUACACACUGUGGCAUUGUUCUUACACACGCGAUUCACCGUGUUUCUCUGAAUUGGGCAGCACAGUGUUUUUCCAUCAUGGCUGUGGUUGGGGGUGGUAUUGGGAGUGCUGCGUGUGUGUGUGUGUGUGUGUGUGUGUGUGUGUGUGUGCGCAUAUGUGAUAUGGCAGUGGCUUUAAAUGAGAGCUGUUAAUAUAGGCAUUGACUAUAACAUGCCGUCUGGCUUCUCGAUAAGGCUACACGGCUUACACACACUCCGCUCCACGGCACACACUCGUCUCCCGUCGAGCAACAGCUGAGACUAUUAAGCAGGGGAAGCACUCCACGGAAAAGCCCAUCGCGGCAGACAUUUGUGUGCGCGCACGCGUACGCGUUUGACCCUCGCAUGGCCCUCCUGCUCGUGUGUGUGAAUGUCAGAGCGUGCGUCAGGCCUUGGCUCAAGCACCAGGCGAGUGUAUAUCGUUCCUGUUCACCUCAGAUGACUCUUACACAGAGAGAGAGAGAGAGAGAGAGAGAGAGAGAGAGAGAGAGAGAGAGAAACACACACACACACACACACACACUUUGGUCUAGUUAUCUUCCUCACACACCCUUACCAGGAAACCAGUUUCUCAGUGUCACGUUUACAUCUGAUCCAACACUGUGGGAACGUUUACCUCAGAAAACCUGAUCAUAUGGACGCAACAGAGUCCACAAUCAAAGCAUUACCACCUUAAAGCUGUAAGACUUUACAGCACUUCUCUAAAACGUGUUUCACGGUAUGUAAUAGACUUCAAUCCUUACUAAAAAAACAAAAAAACAAAUAAAACACCAGGUUAUAAUAAACCAAACUCCUACUACGAAACGCUAGGUUAUACAAGUAGCUUUGUUUUUUUAAGACGAGUCGUGCUCUGACCUGUGGUGUUUGUGAUUUUAUCGUUGUGUCGCUGUUUGGUCAUGUUCAUUCCGUCUCUGUCCCUUCAGCGAUCUGGGCGACUGCUAGGUGUCGAUCAACAGGUAAACGAUAUAAAUUAUAAACACGAUACACACGAUAAUGUCGCGCUGUUUCGCUUAAAAGUAUCAUUUCAUUCAGGAGAAGAAAGCGAGGUGAGCUGCUAAACUGAGAACAGCGUCGGACAAAUACGGAGGAUCACGCGUCCGUAAUUCUGUUAAGAGAGUUUAAAAAAUUUUGUAAAGGCUGUCUGGCUUGUUAGGUAAAUACAACGUAAAAUCGUGACGCAGUUUCGUUCCGAGUGAAACAGGCUUGUGUUUUGGCUCAAUGAUAUCUGGUGUGCUUGUGGUGAGAGAGAGAUAAAAAACAUGAUAUUACUGGUUAAUAUUAAUCAUCCUGUUUGGUGUCGUAGUGAAAAAAAAAAAAAAAUCAGAAGCUGUUUUCAGUAAUGUUAGAAAAUAAUUUCUUAAAGUGAUUUUGCAAUGCUUUAAAAUGAUACGCGCUUGAUAUGACAAGGGACCGUGAGUUAACAAGAUUUAAAAAAAAAAAAAGAAGAAGAAGAAUUCGGUGUGCGAGUUCAGGUUGUUUCUAACUUUGAGCUACAAUUAAAAUGAUUAAAAGAAAAAAAAACGAGCUGAGAAAAAUCAAUUCUGUCACAGGUGGUUGCAUCAUUAAAAAAAAAAAAUACAGUAUCAUUAGAUUUUUGUGAACCUGCAACCUGAAAAGAAAAGACUUGAAUUAAUCCAGCACUGAAUCUGAAUCUACGUUCAGAAAGUAAGAGCGUUCUGUAAAUGCUGUAAAUGUAAAAAAUAUAACGUACGAGCACACAGCUAGGUCCUGGUUUUCACUGAGCAGAAUUCCUGAACGCAGAAGUUUCUGAGUGAGGAGAUUUCACAACACAAAGCCGGCUCUAUAAAGUGUGUAAGUGCAGCGUACAUUGUUGAAUAUAAACAGGACAGCCGCGCUGUGUUUGGCCUAAACACUGGGCCGUGAGUCGCGUUUCCAUUGAAACAGCACACAGAUGGCACGGACAAGCUGCCAGCAGUAUUUUUGCAUGAACACAUAGAUAAAAACCUGUCAGGCAGUUGAUGGUUAAUAAGCAAAUUUCUUUACCAAACAUAUUUUGUUUAGGCAAAGAGACAGGGUGCGCAGGCAGCGCGUCGGCCCUUUAAAUCCAUACGCGAGCAGGCAGGCGUUUCACCCCGCGUGAGAAAUGUAUCUUGGAUUCUAAUAGGGAAGUUGUGCGUUUGCCAAGGUGCAUGCGUGUCCUCAGCUAACCCCGGCACCCAUAUGGCGCUCGGCAGAGUCCACGUGAGGAUCGCUGAGAGUUUCUGGAGGGAAAAAUAUCUGGAAGUGGUUUGUAAAAGAGAGAUGAAAAAAUAAAACAGAGGGCGAUCGUGUGAAGGCUCGUUUCAUGCCCGGGAGAGAUGAAGUGAGCGCAGUGUGUUUCACCAGCACCAGCAACCUGUAGCAUCGUGACCCUGUGCCUCUCACCGCCACACACUCACACACACACACACACACACCCACACACUCACACACACACACACACGGACGGACGGACAACUACAACAGAGCGCCAGCCGACUGUUGCCGCCAUCAGCCGCAAAGGGGAUGACUGAGCGCGUCCACAACAUCAACCUACACAACUUCAGCAGCUCGGUACUGGAGACCCUGAACGAGCAGCGCAACCGCGGGCACUUCUGCGACGUGACGGUGCGCAUCCACGGCAGCAUGCUGCGCGCCCACCGCUGCGUGCUCGCCGCCGCCAGCCCCUUCUUCCAGGACAAGCUGCUGCUGGGCUACAGCGACAUCGAGGUGCCGGCGGUGGUCUCGGUGCAGUCGGUGCAGAAGCUCAUCGACUUCAUGUACAGCGGCGCGCUGCGCGUGGCCCACUCGGAGGCGCUGCAGAUCCUCACGGCCGCCAGCAUCCUGCAGAUCAAGACCGUCAUCGACGAGUGCACGCGCAUCGUGUCGCACGCCUCGGCCCAGGAGACGCCACGCGGCACGCCCGACUCGGGAACCUCGGGCCCCGGGAGCGACGCAGAGCAAGGCCUCGAACGCGCCUAUUCAUCCGUCUAUUCCGGCCUGGAGCUGCAGAACGGCACGCGAAGCGAACGCCAGCACUACACCAGCGUUUCCAUCCCCGGCAACUUCGACCCCCUGCAGCAGAAAGAAGGCGUGCAGGACCCGUCGCUGUGGGUGAGCCGACUGCACGAGCGCCAGCAGCAGUCGGAGCGCUUCCUGGGCUCGUCUGAGACCACGCACUGCCGCAAGCAGCCGCGCCCGGUCCGCCUGCACACGGCCGAGCACGACGUGCGCAUCAAACAGGAGAGGACGACCGAAGACACGUACGGCGGCUGCUACGGAUUAGAAGUGGAGGACGCCAAUGGAGAGCCCAAAGGAGAGAGCUUCGAUUCGGGCGUCAGCUCCUCCGUCGGCACAGAGAACGACCCGUCUGAGCAGCAUUUCAUGCCCGGGUUCGGGCGCGAGGGCGACGCCGAGGUCGGCACGCCGGUGCACAUCGACGUCACCGAUUCGUCCCCGGAGCAGAGCCAGGAGAUGGGCGAAGACAACAACAGCGGGGACGGAAGAGACGUCGCGAUGGACCAGCCGCCGCUGUCCAACCCUGUCGUGCCCAGUUCCGUGCCCGGCGGGCAGCUUUACAUCCGCCCGUGCGACACGAUCGCGGCAAACCUGCGCAUGCCGCUGACGCUAACCAGCAGCACCAACUCGUACCUGCCUACGCUGUUCGCCCCGCAGCCCUCAGCCAACGAGAACAAGCCUUUCCUGUUCAGCCUGCCGCAGACUGUCAGCUCCCAGCAGCCCCAGUUCGUGGCCGUGCCUCCCCACAGCAUGGCGCCUUUCCCCAGCGGCCUGAGCGGAGUGCCAACCGCCGGCACGCAGCAGCAGCAGCAGCCGACUGCCACCGGAGUGGUGCAGCAGGGCGAGAAGAAACCGUACGCCUGCACCCUGUGCUGCAAAACCUUCACUGCCAAACAGAACUACGUCAAACACAUGUUCGUGCACACCGGUGAGAAGCCGCACCAGUGCAGCAUCUGCUGGCGCUCGUUCUCCCUGAAGGAUUACCUGAUCAAGCACAUGGUGACCCACACGGGCGUGCGCGCCUACCAGUGCAGCAUCUGCAACAAGCGCUUCACGCAGAAGAGCUCGCUCAACGUGCACAUGCGCCUGCACCGCGGCGAGAAGUCCUACGAGUGCUACAUCUGCAAGAAGAAGUUCUCCCACAAGACCCUGCUGGAGAGGCACAUGGCGCUGCACAGCACCGCACCCGGGGUCACCGGGGUCGUCACCGGGGUCACCGGGGUCGUCACCGGGGUCUCCGGCGCCAACCCGACAGGCCCCGCCUCCAUCCCGGUGCAGAUGGCCGUCCCCGAACCCGGCCCCGGAGUCGUGGCUCUGGCCAUGCCGGUGGGAGGAGGCGGAGCUGGGGGAGGAGUCAGUGGAACCGGAGUGGGCGUGGCCUCGGAGGCGAGCUGCCAGGAAGCGACGACCUACAUGUGCUCCGUGUGCCCGGUCAAGUUCGACCAAAUCGAGCACUUCAACGACCACAUGCGCAAGCACGUCUCCGACGGAUAAGUACAGAAAAAAAAAUAUAUCGACAAAAAGUUUAAAAAAAAACUUUUUAAACAACAACAAAAAAAAAGAAUGAAAAGAAAAAUAAUGGCACUAGAUUUUUUUUUUUUGUUUGUUUGUUUGUUUGUUUUCCCUAAAAUUGGGGGCAUGAAGAGUAAUGAGUAUAGACACUGGCACAUUGAGUUGAGUUUUCCCAGAAAACAAAAAGGUUUUUUUUUUGUCGUUUUUUGUCGUUAUUCUUAAAGAAUUAAAAACCAUAGAUGGUGGCCUUAAGGCUGUGUAGUUGGCGAAUGAUCCACUGGCUGGAUCCAAACUACUGGCCUCUAAAUGUAUGAUUUCCUUACUGAUUUAUGUGUUGAACACUACCGAAAGGCCUGCGAAAGAUACACACACACCACACACACACACACACACACACACUCACACACACACACACACACACGCGCACGCGUAUGUACACACAGACUACUUAUACACUUACAUACCGUAGAGUGAGUCGUAUCGUAUGUGUGCGUACGUGGCCGUGUGUGUGUGUGUGUGUGUGUGUGUGUGUGUGCAAAACCGUGAAAUUUUUAACCGUUUUCCCAUUUAGACCGUACUGGAUGCCGCCGGCGUCCUGAUUACUGUGGUAAACCUUUAAAAAAAAAAAACAACAGUAUCUGGCUCGGAUUGGUUGGAAAAGCGAAGACGGUCACACGUUUGCCUUUUUUACGUCAGAUCAGAACAGAUCAGAAUUCGACACUGGGUUUUAUUUAUUAAACGAUGUGCUAUGGAAGUCGAUUCGAGUCAUCGUGAGGAAAAGAUCGUUAAACACCCUUUAUGAUGGUUUUUUUUUUUAUCGUAUCCGUAUCGUUUCUCUCCCCCUCUCCCCCUCUCCCUCCCCAACCUCUUUUCCACUUCCCCACGACUCCCUUCAGACGGCUCGAGUCGGGUUUACAGAACGAGGGUUUGGGUUUUAGUUCGUUUGUCAGUAUUUGAGCUUUGAGAAUCCAUUUUGCGAACACUGCCACUGAAAAGACUGUUAUUUGACCUCUUCCUAAACAAGAAAAAAAAAAAACAAGAAAACGGAUAAAAAAGAAAGAAGCCCAGGAACAACAGAGGGUUCUUUUUUUUUUUUUUUUUAAAUUCAAAAUUUUGACUUUCUCAUCGCUCCAUGUUUGAAAAAUAAAUAAAAAACAACUCCGGUAUGCAAAUGCGAACGCAAACGCAAGCAGGCCGGGUGUUAGCGGCUGCUCCACACACUCCCGCGUUCAGACUGUUACACCCCGACGCGGCGUGCUGAAGCUUUUCUCACUAUUCUCACUACUCCACCAGCUGCUGAUGCCGAGCCAGUUAGCGACCCGGACACAAAUAACCCAAAGUCCCAAAAAAGAAGAAAAUUAAAAAAAGGAAAAGGAGUUUCAAAGGAAAAAAAAGGAAAAGACGAAGCUGCUUCCUGUUAGCGACGUCCGCCGUGACUCAGCUGUUUGGCCGGGUGGGGCGAAUGAAGUGCACUACUCCUGAUCCCUAAGCCCCAUCUAGUGGCUCAAACGGCCCGGCGUGAGAUUUCUUUUUUUUUUUUUUCUUUUUGGCCAACAGGAAGCACAAACAGUGUGAGAAGGAAAAAGAGAGAGAGAGAGAGAGAGAGAGAGAGAGGACUAGCCGAAUAAACCCACCCCAUUCACUAUCUAGUGCACUUACUCUAUUGGGAGCCAUUUUAUAAAACAUUUUUGACUCAUGAAAUCCCACAAUGCACUGCAGCAUAAUAGUGUACCCAUAAUGCAUCAUGCUUUGUAGGGAACUUAAAAAUAAUAAUGAUAAUGAUAAACCCGAUCCUUUUUCUCUUUUCGUUCGUUUGUUCGUUUGUUUAUUUGUUUCUAGGAUCCGUUCCUGACUGAAGUGCACUACUUCUGAUCCCUAAGCACUAUCUAGUGGCUCAAACGGACCUCGGCUCACAAGACAGAAAGAGAGAGAGAGGCAGAUCGAAAGAAAGAAAGAAAGAAAGAAAGAGAGAAAGAAAGAGAGAGAGAGACAGGCGUGUUCGAAACCACACCUUAUCUCCUACCUAGUGCCCUAUUUUAAGAUUUUCUUCAAAAAGUAAAGAAAAAAAAAACAGAGCCCAGAUUAUCAACACAAUAAAAUUCAUUCCUGAUUGAAGUGCACUACUUUUGAGCCCUAAACCCUAUGUAGUGUCCCACUGAAAAAAAAAAAAAAGUAGGAAGAGUAAGAAAGACACACACACACAGAGAGAGAGAGAGAGAGAGAGAGAGAGAGAGAGAGGUGUCCGGAACCACACCCUAUCUCCUGUCUCAUCUCCUGUCUCGUGCGCUAUUUUAAGAGUCAUGGAAAAUUUUGUACUCGUAAAUUCCCACAAUGCACCACUCUGGGUUGGUAAAAAAAAAAUAAUAAUAAAAUCCAUUCCAUGCGCUGCUCUUGAUCCCUAAACCCUAUCUAGUGGCCCUAAAGAGUGUGUGAGAAAGAGCGAGAGAGAGAGAGAGAGAGAGAGGUGUGUCAGAAACCACACCCUGUCUAUUUUAAGAGUCAUGGAAAAUGUUGUACUCGUAAAUAGUGUCAGACUUAGCUGGUACUGAUUACCCAUAAUGCACCACACUGUCAAAACAAAGCCCAGAUUAUCAAAACAUCAGAAUGAAGUACACUACUCUUGAUCCCUAACCCCUAUCUAGUGGGCCAAAAGAGAGCAGGGAAGACAUCGAGAGAGAGAGAGAGAGAGAAAGAGACGUUUCCUAAACCACACCACACUAUCUCCUGUCCUGUGCACUAUUUUUAGGAGUCGUGAAUUCCCACAAUGCACUGCAGUAGGUUAGUGUCAAACCUAGCUGGUGUCGAGUACCCAUAAUGCACCCUGAUAUUUGUAAAGACUGGAAAAAUCUAGUGGGCCAAAAAAAGCGAAGGGGGAAAAAACAGACACGGCGAGAGAAAGGGACGUGUCCAAAAUCUCACCCUGUUCACUACAUAGUGCACUAUUUUUCCUUUGCAUUUCCCACAAUGCAUUGCAGCAGGUUGUCAGUUUGAGUCACUAGAUCAGCUCCCCUGUAGGACAUGAAAUUUUUAUUGUGUGUUUAAACACAGCCCAGUGUUUGUGUGUAUAUGUGUGUGUGUGUGUGUGUGUGUGUGUGUGGGUGUGUGACGUUGAGACGGAGGCCGUCAUUUCAGCGUCGCUCAUCGGCUUCAGUCCGCCGCUCGCUCUCUUCACGUCCACACGCCACGUUUUUUUUCCGUCGUGACAAAAAAAAAAAAGCAAUGGUAAUAAUAAAUUUCAUUUUCCAAAAAGAAAAAAAUAAUAAAGAAUAAUAAUAAUAUGUUCGCUUUUUCAAAAACAAAACAUCAACAACAACAAAGUGUUACUUUGCACACUUUUAAAUGCCUGUGCUUCGUAUGAAAUUGUUUAAACUGAUUUUUUUUCCUGCUUGGUCGGUUUUAAAGGAAAUUUUUCUUUCUUUUUUUUUUUUUUUUUUUGAGAAAAAGGACUGCAUCGUUUUUUUCUCACGUCUACGUUUUGCACUGCAGAAACCGAUAAGUGCACUACUGUUACCACAGAUGUUCUAGUUUUUAGAGAGAAAAAAAAACGUUUUUUAUCUAAAUGAGUUGAGAGUUUUGUGUUCGAGUUGCUUUGUUUCUUUCUCUUUUCGUUUCUUUUCUUUCUUUUUUUACGAGAUGAUGAUGAUGAUGAUGAUGAUUUAAGUGUUUCCGCUUUUGUUAUUAGCGCUCACUAGUAUACACUUGUGCCGUGUUUGUUUUGGUGGUUGUGUGUUUUGGUUUUUUUUCUUCCUAUUUAAAUCCGAACCAUGUUGUGUUUAAGAGAGUGUGUAAAUGUGUGUGUGUGUGUAUUUGGUUUUGUUUUAAAAUUUCUCUGCAUCGCCCUCCAGCAGUCUCAUACGCUGACACACACACACACACACACAGUGACGCGUUCAUACCAAACAACAUCUGAAAAACAAAACGAGUGUGUGUGUGUGAGAACAUUAUUUGUGUUGUAGAGAUCGGUUUCUAUAAAAAGGCGGUUGUGUUGGUGGUUGUGCAGCUUUUUAUUGUGUUUAUUGUGUAGAGAUUUUGUGUGUGUGUGUGUGUGUGUGUGUGUGAGAGAGACGCCUGAACUGCGGGGCUUCCUUUGCAAUGUGCAGUGCAGGUACUGCAUUUCUGUGUGUGUGUGUGUGUGUGUGUGUGUGUGUGUUGUAUCCGCCGGCACAGUUUCACAACUUCACAAGAACAAUCACAGCAAAUGAAAUAAAUAACACACACCCCCAGAGCGUGGCGCAGCGUCAGGCCUUGGUCCACUUCGACACACACACACACACACACACACACACACAAACACACACGCAGGAGAUAAUGCGCUUUUUUUCUCAAACAGGAAGCUGCGUCCGGCCGUGAGAGGCGCUCAGGCAUGUGCCGAUGUUUUAUUCCAAUAUCAUCGUCAUACAGUAUUAAGGGUUUGAAUGCACAGCUGUGAGCAUGUGUGUGUGUGUGUGUGUGUGUGUGUGUGUGUGUAGGUGGGUGUACACUUCAGGAAGGUCGGACUGAUGUCAUUUCCUGUUGCACUGAGAUUACAUCAGACCAGAGCUCAGUGUGCUUUAAUUAGACACGUACACCAUGGAGGUGGUGGAGACAGCGUCCUCCGCCUUCACGAGUUCAUUCCGCUCGUUAGCUCCGCCCCCUUUUCAGAACAUCAGUGAUAAAGAAAUAAACAGAUGUGCUAACAUCUGUGCGAUGUAAGAUUUUUGAACUGGCGAUAUAGGAGACUCACUGAAGGGGAAAGGACAUAGGAUGUGAAAUUCAUAUCAGAUCGCGUUUCCGUUCACUUCGCUCCGAUUUUACAUCAGCUUCGCAAAUCCUCAGCUCCGUGAGCCAAUAAAGAUUAAGGAGGCGGGGCUAUCGUGUCUGGUCGGUAAAAAAAAAAUGGACGAGCUGUCGAUUAUGUAAUAUCGCCAUGCUGAAAUUUUUGCGAUAAAAUGACGUUUUUUUCUCGUCUGCUAGGAUUUUCUCGCUAGCGAUGUCGGCGCGUCCCAUCCUGAAGCUGCUAAAAUAAAUUCUGAUUUUUGCGACAAGAAAUAACCGAUUUUUUUGUUGCUUCAGUUCUCUCUCAAACAGUUCUGCCUUGACGCACAAAACAGCAAUCACUUUUACACUGGACUUAGAAUUUAUUUUACCUGAAAAGAGAAAAGCCUAGAGAUCACGGCUGUGAUCGAGUUUAAAGAUUAAGAACGAGCAAACCUGCAAUCAUGUCACAUAAACUACAGACAAUCAGUUGCUUCCCGAACAAAGAUUAAGCUAACUUUCAGCCAAAUAUGAAGCUUAAACUAAACAUUAAACUAAAACAAAGCAAAGCAUUAAGCCGAGAUUAAGCUCAAAUGAAGUAAAGCUUUAGAAAAAAUUAAACAAAGAUUAAGCUAAAAUUAAGCAAAAGGCAAGAUUUUUAAAAAUAUUAAACAAAUAUUAAGCACAAAUUAAGCUAAAAUUUUAUCCCAAAUUUUAUUUUCUAGAUUUAUUUACUCACGCUAAUUUUAUGCCGAUAUUUAAAUUCAAUUUUACAUUUCCUAAACACAUGAAUAUAUAUUUUUUGCCUUUAAAUAUGUAAAUGUUGAAAAUACCAAUAGUUUGUUUAUUCAUUUAAGCAGUAAAUUAUAUCGUGUCAGCACAAACGGAAACACAACAAACCUCGCAUUAUAAUAAGUUUGCAACGCAGCUAAUGGUCUUACGUAAAAAAAAAAACGUAAUGUUGGGAACAGAAUCCAUUACGAUGCACAAAUCCGACCUUCACCUGAGCUGAACUUCACACGUUUAAACACGUCACAUCACAGCGUGCACGGUGACGUCAUGGACGUCGUAGAGCUGAUCAUCGGCACAUGCCUGGGUCAUUUCAAACCUCUCGCCUCGUCUCACCUCGCCUCGCCUCGCCUGAGUCUCUCUCUGAGUCUCUCUCUGAGUCUCAGCGCUGAAAUCUUCUGCCGUUUAGGUCGAGGUUAAGAGCGCUGGAGAGACGGGGCUAGGUGUUUAGUUUUGUUUUGGGAAUGCGGCUAUUUCCUGCCUGCGUCCGUGUUUGAGUAACUUUUUACACCUCUAUCUCUCCGUGAGUGAAUCGGAAGCCGAGCGAAUCAGAAUCGCGAUUCGCUCCGAGCUUCGUGAUUCACUUUGUGAUUCACUUCAAACCCGAGUCUUACGAGCGCGUACUCGUUUAUCGCUUCAGCAAGGAUUAUUAGACGAGCUACACGCCGUCUAAGAUUUAAAAAAUAAAUAAAUAAAUAAAACACAAACACCUUGAUGAUGAAUGCAUUUUGUCGGCCAUCUUGUCUGUGCCCUUAAUACCAGCCUUAAUGACGUUUAACACAACCAAAAUGCACUACGGAGCGCAAAGGUGCUUUCGCAAUACAGCGGUGCAAAACACCUGUUAUUCACACAAACACACACAAACACACACUCUCUCACACUCUCUUACGCACACACACACACACACACACACACACACUUUCAGAUCUUCGUGCUUUUCUCAGUACACUUCUAUAUAAUCACGCCGUUCAGUUUUUAUCUAUAAUCACCGUCUCAUGUUAUCGCCGUGUUACGAUUCAGCGUGACUCUUUACAUUCAUGUAUUUAAAAAAAAGAACUAAAAAAAAAAAAAAAGAAAAAUAUAUAUCUUUUCGCCUGGUGUAUGUUGUUUUCGGAUUCUACACACAUCUACACAAGUCAGAAACUGAAACAAAAUGUCCUCCUUAGUCCAAAUGUAGUGUGACGUUUGCUUCGGUCUACAACUACAAGGCUAAUGUAGCUAACACGUAACGGAAGCUUAUAGCUACCGGAUUAGCAUCUAAAUCAUCACACACUCCCCUCAAAACUCAUCAUUUUAUCCUAAACGGAAUAUGCAGAUCAAAUGCGAAGAAGUAUAUUAUCAUCAGAAUCACUUCUGACGCACGGCUCCGCCUUUACAUUUUAGGCCACGCCCCUAAACCAGAUGUUUUGCAUCAGCACGCCUGCCUGAGACCGUAAAACCGUAAAGUCCCGAGGAGGCGAAACCGGAGGAUAUACGCUUCCAUUAUCUGUUAGCGACGUCACGGCGAAACAAACGUCACACACUAUAUUUGUCGUAAAGCGGACGUUUUUGUGUUGGUUUUUUUUUUUCUUCUUCUUUGACACACUUUUUAUCACAAAAGAUUUUCAGCAUGUAAUACAGUUUUCUUUCGGUAUCAUGUGUUCAUUAUUCACAUUUAUUCACAUAGAUUUGUUGUUUGAGUUCGUUUCUGUAGGACGCUGCACGCGUGUUAGUAAUCACACCCACACACACACACACACACCCACGCACACACACAUACACACACACACACACACAGCGCUUCGCUUUUCAUUCUCUUCAGUGUACAGAUACAGGAUCUUUCAGUUUCAGUUGAUUUUCGAGGAUUUUAUCAUUUAUUUAUUUUUCAUUCUGCGAAUAGAGUACACUUGUGUGUGUGUGUGUGUGUGUGUGUGUGUGUGUGUGUCAGGUUUUGAUCUUUACAUUUUUACAUUUUUUCUAGCUGGUAGUUUGUUUUCUUUUGGGCACAGAAACGGUAUGUAACUUCACACCACCUUUAUCUGCUGGUAUAAAAUAAUAUCUCUAAUUUCUUUCUUCCUUUUCUUCUUUUUUCUUCUGACAUGUAAACAAGCUGGUAUGUUUCAUUCUUUCAUACACAAAAUCCGAAAAUCCGACAACGUUAUUCAGAACCACCGACGAGAUGUGCAAGUGUUUCAACAGUUUAACUCAACACACCAAAUGAGUUUAACCCCUUCAGACCUGCUUAAUAAACAUUCACAGUCCGUAUUAUUGGUGUAAACAUGUGUAUAUAUAUAUAUAUAUAAUUCACCUUUUCAUGAAUUAAAAAAUCACAGCUUCUUAGUUUUAUUAUUUCUUUUCUCGCUUUUCUCAUCAGCGCCACCAUCCAUCCCCGUUUCCUACCUAGACCUAGCGCAAAAAAAAGCUGGACUCUGAUUGGUUACCCGGUCUACAACCCCCUCCCCCUCCCCCCCAUACACAAACAACCAAUCAGGGUCUGAAGGGGUUAAAAGAGGCUACAACACUCAUCAACACCCAGAACCGUUAAAAAAAAAACACACACGAUGCUGUACAUACAAUAAAAUAAGCAACGUUUUUUUUUUUGGUUCGAAAAAAAAAAUGUUUAAUAACAAAGUGCCUCUUUGUAUAGCUCCAAGCAUGAAAAUCUAAAACUCACUGUCACCCAUAACACCAUGUGCUAUAAUAAUAAUAAUAAUAAUAAUAAUAAUAAUAACUGUACAGUAUUCAAUCACUAGCAAACUUAAUCACUGCCUAAAACAAAUCCCAAGUGAAGUUUAAAGUAUUGACUACCAGCAAUAAUUAAAUACAGAUCAAAUUAAAAAAAAAACAUUUUUAACAGAAUAAUAAUUCCCCGUGUUUUGCCUUGUAUGAUGUAAGCACCGUGAGUAAGGGUGUGGUGUCCUUUAACCCUGAAAUCACCAAAAUAACGCCGCUUUUGUAUUAAAUAUUUUUGUCCAAAGUGCCCCGGUCUACUGUUUAUAAUAUCACACACACACAGAAAAAAAUAUAUAUAUUUAUUUGACGAGCCUUUUUUUCGUAUGUCACAUGACCUUUUUCUGCUUUACAACGUCAGCACUUACAGUUUAAACUUUAGUUCGGCUCUGUAGAGGAAGUGUGUUGUGUUGUGUGUGUAUGUGUGUUGUGUGGAAUAUUGUGAGUAGAGAAGUGCUGAUAUAAUAAUUGCGAUGUUUUAACAUGUGGAAUAUUCCUGUUGUGGACACUUUCAGUGUGUUACGGUUUGAUGUUUUGACGGUAUGAUAAUCUAGACGGGAAAUAUCACGGUUUCACGGUAUCGCUGCGUUGAAAUUAGAGGAAACGUUUAUCGCGGAAUCAUCGCACGUCCUUGUGUGUAUAUAAAGCACCAAACAGAAACAAAAAGAUCAAAUCCCCGAAUUGGUUCAAGAUGGUUUUUUUUACGUAAAAUCUCGUACACUGUCAGUAUUUAUCACGUUGACGUUCUAAGCUGAACGACAGAUCGGCUCUGAGGAAAGACGGCGCGUUUUUCUGAGACGAAAGAUUAAUCACAUAAAAAGCGAAAAAUACGUACGUAGAAUGUUUUACAUAACAUUUUCUCCCUGAUUUUUAGUCUUGAUCGAUUCCCGCCCACCAGCCAGCUCUCGAUAGCUACCAGCCGGAGAGGUGAAGGCUAACACGUGCUUCCUGGGAGAUACAUGAAGUCAGCCAUCUUUACAAACUGCUGCACCACAGGGCAACGUAACAGCGUAACUCAGAAAGUGCUGUCAGCCCUCUUCCACAUACAUGAGCUCACAGAUGCGCGCGAUUGGCUAGCGUCGCUGUGAUUGACAGCAGAUGGCUGUGGCAUUGUCGGAACUUGAACAGGGAAAAAAAACCAAACAAACAAGUAUAAGCUAACAGACAGAAAUGCAUUUAAAACGCAAUGACAGUGACGCAAAUGUCUGAACGUACACGUGAAACCGUGACAUCGUAACACGCCUACUUGGAAGAUACGGUUAUGGAGAUUCACGUCUCCAUGUCAAGGAAAGCAGUUAGAGAGUAAAUUCUUGAAUUAAUUGUCACGAUGUUACCAAACGUACCGUAGACACGUGAGCGUAAAGAGACGGAUUUUAGUUACGUGAACGUCGUGGCAGUAUCGAGGCGUCAUCACGUCACACUUUGUGUUUUUUACUCACAGCCGAUUUAUUCGCAUCCAUUCAUCCACUUUCACUUCAGAUACACUUCAGCAACUGCAGUCCUGUAAAUGUUACGAAUCCAAAGAGGAAACACACACACACACGCACACGCACGCACACGCACACGUGUACACACACUCACACACACGUGUGUACACACAUACACGAUAUUUAUAACCACAAAUCUUUAUUCUACACUUUAUACAGUAUACAGAGAGAUUGAUGGACUUACAGAAGAACAGAUAUUUAUGAAAAUACAGAUACAGAUGCAGAUUAUUCUUCGUUUAUCAGAGCGGAUAAUAGUGCAGUAGGAGCUUGCAUAUGAAAUUAACACACACACACACACACACACACACACACACACCCUAAUCCACUCGCUGAUACGCACACAACACACUCCUGCAUGCUGAUGCGAGCGUUUUUCAGUUUAAUAAGAGGAUUUGGAUUGUUCUGGAACAGGCACGUGGAAGUCGAGGAAGGGGAAAACACAUCCCUGUGUAAAAUGUAAAAAAAAAGUAUAAAUAAAAAUCAUUCUCUUUGGAUUGAUGCGCAAAACUGUAAUGAGGAUGAAGAUUGACUUUAUAUUUAUUUAUGAUAUUUUUACACUACUGUUUUACUCUACCUUUAGUAGGAGGCUGGUCACGUGACUGAUCCUAAUUCUUUCAGGAAUUAUUUCCAGAGCAAUUUCAGGAAACGUAAUGAGGCGGAAAUCAUUUUUUUUUUCCAAACUAAUAAAUGUAAUUUUUGAAAACUAAAUGUUUAAUCAGACCUGGUUUGGGCUCACAAUCCCCCUGAACAUUUUUAUUAAUUCAUUUUCGCAUUUUAUUUUUUAGACCAGGGAGUUUCAGAUUUUCUAGUGAGCUCUUUAACUGCUUCUAAAAAAAUGCAAUAAAUAAAUAAAUAAUAAUUCCACAGAUCCUCUCAGUAUAGAUUUAGUUUAUAAACAUAAUCCAAUUAUUUAAAUAUUAUUAAAAAUAAUAAUAAUUGGCUAUUUUUUAUUUAGAACAGUAGAUCUUUUUUUUUUUUUUUUUUUUUUACAUUUUUUGAAAAUUUUCUUCUACUUUUUUCUACUUUUUUUAACCACACCAUCCCCCUGAAUACUUUAAUGUCAUUUCUUUUUUAUUUUAUAUUUUUAAAAUGCUUGAUUUAUGUAUUUUUAUUUUUAUUUUAAUUCCCCACACUGCAUGUCCCGGUAAUCUGUUAGACCAGGGGGUUUCAAAUCUUUUGCAUCUAGUGAGCGCUUUAUCUGUAAUAAUAAUAAUAAUAAUCAUUCCACAGACCCUUUUAGUACAGAAUUAGUUUAUGAACAUAAUCCAACUAAUAAAAUAUUCUUAGAAAUAUUUAUAUUAUAAAUAAUAAUUAUAUUUUGGCUACAUUUCUAAACUUUUCCCACUCAGACUUGUUUCUGUGAUCAGCUCGUUGUUGACGUUCUAUUUAUAGUCCUUUAAGAACUACAGUAUUUUUAUUAUUAUUAUUAUUAUUAUCGUCAGUCACACUAAAUCACGUGCGCGUCUUCUAAAUCUGACAAUGCAGCAACAACGCUACUGAGAGAUCCGAAUUACACACGUACAGUUGUAAUUCUUAAACAAACGUGACAGCGUGCUUUGAAACAUCAACGUCCUGAGAAACGUGUCGCGACCUCGAAUAUUUCCACGUGCCUGUUUCCUUUCACGCAAAUCAAACCCAAGUCUCAGUGUUGAACUGUUAAAGAUCAGCAUGAGGAAGAAGUUCGCCUUCAUGAGGAAGAUUGUACCCGAGUGGCAGCGUGUGUGUACGCGUGUGUGUGUGUGUGUGUGUGUGAAGCUGACAGAUGGCUGUCCGUGAGCUCGUGUGUGUGUGUGUGUGUGUGUGUGUGUGCGGAGGUGAAGCUUUUCUCUCCCGCCCCUCAGCCUCUCAGACACGAUCCUCCUCCCACAAUCCCACUUCCUUUAGCGUUUUUACCUGAUGCUUUUUCAUUUAUUAACGAACAAUACGAUUCCCGUUUAACCGCACACCAUCUGCUAACCACCACUCUGUCAUUAGCAGAAAAAUAAAUAAAUAAAAAAGCAAAUCUCGGAAUGCUCUGGGUCGGUGCAGGAUAAAAACUCCAAUAAGUUCUCUUCCUUAAGUUUUUUUUUCCCUUAAUUAUUUUUGUGUAAUUUGACAUUCUUUAAAUCUCGUAAUAACACUCAGCUCGUACAAUACAGCGGUCUGAUUCUCCUGACGGUUAUUACUAAGCUUCAGGGGUGGAGCAAUAUGACGAGAAUAUCGUAUCAUGAUACGUAAAGAUAUCACGAUAUAAAGGUUUGCUGACAAACUACCAGCAAAAUUCGAUUUCAAAACAGCGACAAAAUAAACACUGAAAUGAAGCAAAUGAAAAUUCAGUAAAACUAUUAACAUCAAAUCAGCUACUUCUAAUCCGGCGAUAAGUGUUAUGAACGAUAUUCCCAAAAAAUAAAUAAAUAAAUAAAGUGUACCGUGAUGUAAUUUAUCAUCAUAUCGCUCAGCCCUACUAGGCACGUGCCGAUAAUCAGUUUGUUUAUAUAAAAAUGAGUCAGUAAAUAAAUUACAAUUCAAUAAACACAGCGAUAUCUAGUUCGCUAAAUUUUUUCGAACGUGUUCAUUCUUUAAGGAAGCGGAAAAUCUAAAGAAUAAAAGGAUUACAAUCGGUUUGUCGUUUUUAUAGAACGUGAGGAAAAUCGCAAUCACAGUGACGACGUUGACCUUUGAAAGAAAAGGGGCGGAGCUUGUUCCCAAGCUAGAAGUUUGAAACGAAAAAAAAAAAAUAUAUAUAUAUAUAUAUAUAUAUAUAUAUAUAUAAAUCCAAACCUACUACUAUUACGAAUCAUAAUUGAUCUGAUUAUUAGAAACAAAUGUUACGUACUGCAGCUUUAAUUUAAUCGUUCGGAUUUACUGACGUAAUGAUAUCGUAAAGCACAAGCCUAGUUCACGCUAAAAAGGAUAAAUAUUAUAAAUAAUCGGUUACCGUGUACCUCACGUAUGCUGUGAAAGUUUAAUGUUCCGCACAUGACUGAAGUAUUAGAAUAAUUAUUAUUCCAGCAGUUUCAGGACGUCAGUCAUCAGUAUUGUGGCCGAGUCGUUGUAUCAGCGUUCCUUUUUUUCAUAAUAACUCGGCCUUGAGAAAAUAAAAGGAGCGUUAACGGGAGAAAAAAAAAACCACGUUCUAAAUAUCAAUCAUAGCUCACAUUCCCCCGUCUAAAUCACAAACAUUCCUCACUUCUCUCUCUUCUAUUCAUCCCCCAAAAAAGUUUGGCCUGUUUUUUUUUUUUUUCCCUUCUUUUUUUUUUUUUUUUUUACUUUUGGACUUUAACAUUUUUAAUCAUCACAAAAAAAUAAUAAAUAAAAUCAAUCAAGCACUGAAGAAAGCAUUCCACCAAUCCUGGAAAAAAAUUUUUUUUUGCUGCAUUCAAAUGAACAAAUGUUUAUUUUUUUGAGAGUUGAAUGCGAUCGCUCCGUCACGCCCUCUGCUCGCAUUCUGCCCGGCGCUGAAUAACUUCACUUUUAUCAGCCGAGUAAAAGAUUUAAAAAACAAUCGAUGAUCAUAUUGGAGAAAUCAGCUCUGAAUGCUGGCACUCACAUGAAUAUUUUCAAAAGAAUAACUUUUUUUUCCUCCUCUGUCUGAUUUUAUGGAAUAAGCAGAAACGUAAGGUGAGAUGAGGUACGAAGGGAACGAGGCCGUGUGCCGAUAAUCGCUGCAGAGACAGAAAUUUCACCGUAUGGUUUCUGAUCGUGAGGUUUAGAUCAGCGUCGUGUGUUACAGUUAAACUCCGCCCUCCACACUGAAGUGUUUCCUUUUCAGCGACGUCACUCCCAAAAAAAUUUUUUUAUUUAAUUCAUUUAAUUUUUACUCAAAUUAAAAGAAAGACUUUUAAUGAUUUAAAUCAGUUUAACAGAAGAAAACAUUUCAGCGAUCUCGAGUAUGAGAUAACAAUCAGGUUUCACUUUCAGCUCCUAAAAAACAAAACUUCGUAUCUUAACGUCAUUGUUUACGAGAAGUCCAGCUUAGAGGCUUAGUGGAGACGUUGUUGCAAACAUUGAACUCAAAAUCCCAGAAUGCAUUGCAGCUACACGGCUAGUUAGCGAUCUGUAAGAUGAAGAGUGCGACGACGUCGAUGGCGGUGACGUCGACGUUGAGCGUGAAAUCUUUAGAAGCUCAUCAGACGAGGACGUGCGAGAGCUGGACAGACUGAAGCACUAAAGCGCCGCCGCAGCGCUCUCUGUAGAGACAGAUGAAGCGAGGGAUAAAUCCCGCUGCACGGCAUUGUGGGUAACGUAGGAAACCCAUUCACCCAUGUGAUGAAAGAAAGAAGUCCAAACUAAAACAAAUUGUUAGAAAUUCUCAUUCUAGUGUGUAAAGAUUAUCACGCAUGUGUGUUCAGGGUGGAGCUUAACUUUUAAAAAAAAGAGAACUUUACGGCGUCUAGUCUUUUUGGUAAAACGGUGAUGAAAAGUGCGAGAAAACGUUCUGACGCGUGAGAGCCGAGUGUCGGCACGCGUCCAGGCCGAGCUUUUAAUGUAGCAGAUUUUUCUAAGCGUGCGGUAAAACGCAGCGUUGAUCCGUGAUGAUCGAUCGCCUUCAGACGUUCUGAGCCUCUCACUCGUCCAAACCGAUCCACGUGCACUGUGCGACGUUUACCACGUUCUUCUCUUGGCUUUUUUUUAUUUUUUUUAAAUGUGCGCUGUAUCAACGCUGGGCGCGCUAACGCUAAUCUCAGCUGCCUAAAGCUUCCAAGCUGAUCGAGCUUCGUGUUUAUCCUUAAUUAUUUUUUAUUUAAUAACCGGAACACCUGAACAGUGUAAGAGGCGUACUUAUUAUUAUUAUUAUUAUUAUUAUUCCUGUAAACACCAAAGAGCAUCAGCGUGUCCGCGCAGACGUCUUCACGUGAUUUGUCGUGACUUUUUUUUUUUCGGCCGAACUUUAAACACAAAACGCUGGAAUCUUCGCCUACUUACCGAGACCAAAAAAAAAAAACACCUGACUAUUUAUUAAUUUUUUAAAAAUAUUUUAAAAAAUCAGACGAAAGUAAAAAAAAAAAAAUUCCAACUCAACAUCUGUGCAGUGAUUUAGGGAGGAAAAAAAAAACAAAAAACAUUUCCGAACUCAUUAGUGCACGUUCAGUCAGUCAGCCAACUGUGUUUUCUCCAAAAAAUAAAAAAAAAACUAAAAUAAAUAAUAAAAUAAAAUGCACUGGAUUAGUGGAAUUAAUUAGUCACGCUCGUGUGUUUUCUGAAUAUUUUUGUAAAAGCUGUUUUUUUUUUUUUUUGAUAAAUUAAAAAAGGACCAAGCUGUUUAUUAGUUUGCACAUUAUUAUUAUUAUUAUUAUUAUUAUUAUUGAAUUUUUUAAAAAAUAUUCUCACAAACACGCUCGCACGAAUCUUCCCAAGAAUUCAAAAACACGUACGUAUUUUAAACUCUAGUGCCUGUUCGACGCAUGUUUUCGUAUUUUCCAGCAUCUGCGUGAGUUCGCUCAGUCUUACACACACACACACACACACACACACACACACACACACACACACACACACACACACAUGGCGACACGGACGCAAAAACAAACAAACAAAAAAACAACAACAACAACAACAACAAAAAACCCUGAUAUCCGUGCGUGUCGUCACUCAACCUAAAGGACCAAACGUUCCCUGUUUCUGUUUUUCUUUCUGUUUGGGUUUGUUUUUAUUCCUGUGACGUAAAAUCAUGAAUAUUAUUCAGUAGUGUAAAUACGUGGGUGGAAAAACGUUGAUAUCAGAGUAGAAUGUAAAGCCCGUGGUCAUUAGAUAAAGGCAAUAUUAUGGUGAAGCAUGAGCUCAUUUAGAGUUAAUUUAGCGUACAUGGGUUAGCUAUUUGUCCACAUAUAUUUAUAUACAUAUAUAUAGACAUACAUAUAUAUAUAUAUUUAUAUCCAUUUUACCCUGUUAGCAUCAUCGCUUCCCUGUUUUAUCGUCAUGUACAUUAGAGUGCUGUAAAUCUGGAGUCCAUAUUCAAACUUUUUUGUUGUUUUUAAGCUGUUUAUAGUCAUAUCUACACAUCCUUAUAGGCAAAUACGACAUAUAAAGAAGCACUUAUACAUAAUUUAUUUUCACUUCUUUUUUUUUUUUCUUCUUCUUCUUCCAUUCUGGCCUCAUGCUAAAGGUUUAUUCUAUAAGAGUCUACUGGCAGAAGUGGAGCUGUCGUAGUAACGGUAGGAAAGAUUUGACUUUUUAAACAAAAAAAAAAAAAAGAAAAGAAAUAACUAAGCAACCCUAAAUUAUAUGCUGCAGUUAGAUAAAAAGAUACAAAUUUCUUUCUCUUUUUUAUCUUUAUUAUUGUUGAAGUGUGUUUGUGCUUUGUGACGACUGCUGUUCCGAGGUGUAAGGUGGGUCUUGUUUGUUUUUUUCGUGUGUUUUUUUUUUUUUUUUUUUUUAAAUGCGUGUGUGUGUGUAUACACGGCCGUUUUUUUAAUACUUUUGACUUGUCAAACACUGGACUAAAGUGAGACACAAACAAGCAGCACAGGACACGGCAUUACUGCGUCCGUCACGUCACGAAAUAUCGUAGAAAAACAAAAAAAAACUUCCUGUAUUAAAUUCGUAACAAGGUGAGAUUUGUGACUAAGGCAUGUGCCGAUAAUCAGCAUCGCAAUAUAUCACGAUAUCGAUAUCGUGGACACUUUGAAUUUUUACUGAGCGUGCCUUCCGUAUUUUUAACAAAAUUUUUAAAAAAAUAAAUUAAAGCAAAUUUAAUCCCAGAAUUACAUUUUUUUAAUUUCUUAAUUAAAUACUUUUUAUUAAAAUGAAACCGAUUAAUUUUAUUUAUUUAAAUUUACAUUUUUUCAAUCAAAUUUAAAUUCAAUUUUUUUUUUCUCCCCAUGAUAAUAUAUCGUGAUAUGAGACCUCGUUAUCAGCACAUGCCCACUUGUAACACACACAUAUACAUACAUAUAUACAUUUAAAAAAAAAGGGAAACCACUUAACUUGCGAAUUUUCCAAAACCACUAAGUCUAAAAGUCGUCUCACGCUCUUUAUCGCAAAACGCUCUUCUUCACCAACAACAUCAAAAAAAAAAAAAAAAAAACCCCGACUGCCACUUUUCCAAAACGAGAAAAGAGAUUUGCACUAAAAUAAUUGUCGGUCUUCUUGGAUAAACAGCAAUAUACGUAUAUAACAGAACAAUUUGAGUAAUUAUUAUAGCAACGUCGGUGUAACGAACAGUAAACGCUGCCUGUGCACUCGCACCAUGCUGUGUGUUUGAGAGAGGUAUCUGAGAAAGAGGGUCUUUUUUAAAAUAUUUAAAAAAAAACAUUUAAAAAAAAGAAAAAGGUACAGGCGUGUGUGACGUGACGUCCUCGAGGCUCGCGCUUGCUCACGCCGACUUCGGAUUCGUACGCAAGGAAGCGAAAAGGCAAGGGGAACGAGGCGCAUUAAAACAUUAGUACUUCCUGUUUCCUCGCGUGAUCGUUUUGGGGGGAAAAGAGAAAAAAAAACAAGCGGAGAUGGUGGAAACGGAGAUCUAGAGAUUCGUCCCGGAAACACGGCGCCAAAAAAUAAGAACGGUUUUAUCGAGAAAAUUAAAAAUACACAAAUAUUUCCAGCCGUUACUCUCUGUCCUUGGAUCUGUAUGCUAAACUAUAAAAAGGCGUAGUGCAAGUGUGUGUAGAUGGACUUUUCCUUCCGUUCGUCGUCGUGGUCGUUGCUGGUGUCUGUCGCCGCUGCCGUCGUCGCUCUUUUCACACAACUCCCACAACUGCAGGCGCCGUGUUUCCGGGACGCCGCUCGCAAAAAAAAAAAAAAAAACAAAAAAAAAAAAAAAAAAGAGAAAAAAAAAUUUAAUCUGAGUGUAAUUAGUGUAAAAGCCUGUUUAUAGGAAACGCGUUUCCUUUUUUCUGUGUGCGACAAUAAAAGAGUCCCACGCACAGGCCAGGAAAAUUAUCCAUAAAGGAAAAAAAAACAUUCACAUCGUCUUUCCUUUAUGGCUAAUUUUUAAUCUACGCUCAUUAAUAAUCGAUAGCAAUCAUAAAUAGUGAUGAAUUUUUUUGGAUUUUGUCAGAACUAGUGGCUUUAAUGUAAUAAGCGCUUCGUGGUGUUUAUUGAAAGGUGUCGCAAAAAAAUAAAAAGGUGUCACGUCUCAAAAUCGUCGCGUGUUAGAGGAAGCAUAAGUAUGUGCCUUCAAUGUGAUCUUUCUUGGUGAGCUUGUUAUUCUCGAGAAGCUGAAGCCAGCCGAUUGUGUUUGCACUAAAAAACCAAAACCGCUUUUUCGUGAUGUAGGUGAUUUAAAGCGAGCUUUGUCGCGUCACUUUAACCGUGUGCAUGAGGGUAAAUUUAGGGCUAGAGCUCUCAUAACGCUGAUCUGUAAACUAGUGCAGCUUACGGAAAUCCCCGGAUUUUAAAAAAAAAAUAAAAUAAAUAAUAAUAAACUAAAAAUAUCUCUGCUUCGUUCUGUGUCGCAUUCGGUUCAGACCCAUCUCAUACUCACAGUCUAUAAACAUCCGCAGUUAGGCAUGUGCCGAUGAUCAGCGCCAUCACACAGCAUCGCUAUCCUUAUCCUCAUCCGUAUCCGUAUCCGUAUCCGUAUCCUUACACCGGAUUGCAAUCACACUUCUAACACGAGAACAGCAUCAUUAUUAAAGUUCACGCAUGAUGUAAAAAAAAAAAAAUACAACCUUUUUUUUAAAAAAUCACACACACAGGAUGUCGGCACACGCCUAACACACAUACAGCAUAAAGAAAGAAUUUUGUUUUAUUUUUUUUAAACACGCAUGAACUCACGAGGUCGCCUCGAGACUAUUGGUCAUAACAUUGUUUUUGUGUUCUUUUGUAAAUUAUUCUUCGUAUUAUUAUUAUUAUUAUUAUUAAAAUGAUUACUGACAUUGUUAGUGGGAUAUAAAAGGCCUCCAUGCUUUGAGUCUUAUAAAUGCACCUUAUCAUGGCCCGGCCGAGUCGAGUCGAGUCGUCUAAUGCGUCUGAUUUAGCACCUUACUACGCAGCAUGAUUUCACUUUACACCAGUCUCGCUCACGACAACAACAACAACAACAACAACAACAACAACAACAACAAAAUAAACCUGAUUAUAUUUUUACGGAAAAAAAAAAAAAAAACAUUCAAAGGGAUGUGCCAAAGUUUGGAGGCGAUCUCCCUUGUUUUGUUUUUUCUUUGUUUUUUUUUUGUUUUGUUUUUUUUUGUUUUUUUAAAGCAUACUAUUCCUUUCAUUCUCUUCUCCUUCAGUUAUCGCAGCGCUACGUUCAUGUAACCUUUCCUAUAAACGUGUUUAAGGAAAACGUAAAAUGAAAAAAAAAAAAAGACGAUUUAUUUCAGCAGUCAGUAUCAUUACCUGCCAUUUUACAGUAAGCCCUGUAUUUCACGUAUAAUUACCAGUGAUGUGUAUUUGUUAUUAUACAGAAAAAUAGCUGUAAAAGCUUCAUUAUGUUACAUAAUAUUGUGACUUUUUUUUUUUUCGAAAAAAACUGUGAAGACUUAUCUUGCAUAUACUUUAUACAGAAGUAUUAAGCCUUAAUACAAAAGACUAAAAAAAGGAGUGGAAGAAUAACUGAUUGUCGCAAAAGUAAGGAUGAUUUUUUUGUAAAUGUUACCAGCACUUUUUUGUAAUUUUCACUCUCUUGAGGUAUUGUACAAGUUCACGCUGUUUGUGAAGUUUGAAUAUGAAGGAAUAAAAACUAGUACUUUCCUGUACUUCA